AUGAUCGGAGCGUGCUUCAUGCCUGAGUUCCCUCACAAUGCGAGACUGCUCAAACCUAUCGAAAGGGAGUAUGCCGGCUGGCGGUUGGAGAUGGAAGCUGGUGCAGGUGAGGCCAACGAGGAUACUUCCACUUUGGGCGGGUUCAAGCUCGUUUUGCUCUAUCCGAAAGUAUGGACCAUGGUGUGGUGUAUGGGUAUGGGUCAAGCUAUCGGUUCGAUCCUCAGCUCCUUCCCUGUCAUCGUCAACACACUCGAUUUCAACAAGACCGGAACUUUGCUCCUGACUGCUCCACCCUACUUGCUCGCUGCCAUCGUAUUUUACACUAUCUCGUACAUUAGUGAUCGUCGAAACAUGAUGUAUCUUAUCAUCAUGAGCUGUCUCGGUGUUGCGAUCAUCGCAUAUGUCUUGGCCACCGCCACAUUGAAGAUUCCAGCCCGUUAUGUCGCUAUGGUGUUAAUGCCGAGCGUGUGCUCCGGACCGCAAAUCAUGUUAUACAAAACGCUCAACGUCCACAUGGCUCGACCAGCUGGAGUAGCCAUGAUGAAUGCGAUUGGCGGAUUGAGUAACGUCUGGACUUCAUAUCUGUACUACGAUGCUCCUCAUUAUCACGCUACAUUCGGUUGUGUGCUUGGCUGA